UCAUAAAAAAGCGGAGACCGGGGGGAAGCGGCGGGAGCGGCACCGGCACUUUGCACCGCCGGAGCUGGCGAGAGGAUGUACCGGGGCUUGUAGCGGCUGGAACCGGAGCUUGGGAAAGGAUUUACCGGAGCUUACAGCGGCCAAGCGGCACUUUGAACCAAAGCAACCGGAGCCUGGGAACGGAUAUACUGGGGCUUAUAGCGGCGGAGUGGGACUUUGUACCGGCGAAACGGAGCCUGGCGACGAUGCACCGGGGGUUGUAGAGGGUUUUGUACCGGAGCAGUGGAGUCUGGGACGGAUACACCGGGGCUUGUAGCGGAGAGCCGCAGCCUGGAAAGGCUGCACCAGGACUUUGUACUGAGGAAUCGGGGCUUGUAGAGGCGCACCGGAGCCCGGCACGGACGGACCGGGAGUAUACAGCGGUGAACCGGAGCUUGUAACAGCGCACCGAGGCUUUGCACCGGCGGAGCGGAGCCUGGGACCGACACCCUGAGGCUCAUACCGGGACUUCCCGCCGCACAGCAGACCGGAGCGGGACCCUUGCACCGAAAGACCACCCUUGCAACCCAAACCGGCGAAGAGAGGAGCGGCUCCGGGGUGGUGGGAAGGGAAGCGUUUGCUCGGUCGCCCGGGAUGCCGGUCGCCUGACACCCCCCCCCCUCCCCCCGGCAGCCUUGGCGUGGCGGGGCGGCCCCCGCGCCCCAGGGGCCAUGUACCAAGGCUUCCCCGGUGACUACGACUCGGGAUCCCGCUGCAGCUCCUCUCCCUCGGCCGAAUCGCAGUACCUGUCCUCGGUCGACUCCUUCGGGAGCCCGGCGGCGGCGGCGGCCGCUCAGGAGUGCAGCGGCCUGGGGGACAUGCCCGGCUCCUUCGUGCCCACGGUGACGGCCAUCACCACCAGCCAGGACCUGCAGUGGCUGGUGCAACCCACCCUCAUCUCCUCAGUGGCUCAGUCACAGCCCCCAGGAGCACCCAUGGCUCACCCCCCUCCUGUCGAUCCCUACGACCUGCCAGGACCCAGCUACUCCACACCAGGCAUGGGCACUUUCCCCACGGCGCCGGCAGCGCCACCGGCACGUCCCGCUCGUGCCCGUCCCCGGCGCAGCCGCGAAGAGACGCUGACACCCGAGGAGGAGGAGAAGCGCCGGGUGCGACGGGAGAGGAACAAGUUGGCAGCAGCCAAGUGCCGCAACCGGCGCCGGGAGCUGACGGAUCGUCUGCAGGCGGAAACGGACCAGCUGGAGGAGGAGAAAGCAGAGCUGGAGUCGGAGAUAGCGGAGCUGCAGAAGGAGAAGGAGCGGCUGGAGUUCGUCCUGGUGGCCCACGCCCCCGCCUGCAAGCUCCCCUUCGAGGAUGUCGGCUCCUUGGGUGCCGGCCCCGCCGAGGUGAGCACCCUGGGCAAGGAAGAGCCGGCGGGGACCGUCGCCUUCCUACCCCCGGGUCCGUUCCAGCCGAGCGCCCAGGGCCCCUUCCCCAGCUGCUGCUUCGCACCCGGGGUCCCCUCAGGGCCACCUAACCCAUCCUAUACAUCUUCGUUUGUGUUCACCCACCCAGAGGGAGCCACCUGCGGAGCCUCGCAUCAGCGGAGCAGCAGCAGCGACCAGUCCUCGGACUCCUUGAAUUCUCCCUCGCUCCUCGCGUUGUGAACGGGGUCCCUCCCCCCCAAAAACCAAAUAACAGGCACCUCCUCCCUCCCCGGGUGGUGGGUUUUGGCUUCUCCCCCAUCCCUUUCCUUUGUCUGAACUGGUUGGCCCAGCAGUUGGGGGUGUUGGUGAGGUUGGAGAGCGGCUCGGGGCGCCCGGCUGCGGGGUGUCGGCGUGUCGGGAGGUGUCUGUGCUGUGUCUCCAUCGUUCCUGCAGCGUCCUGGCUGCUUCAGAGGUGUCUGUCCCCAUCUCAGGGGGGUUUUGUGCGGCGUCUCCGCCCUUUGGGAGACGUUCCUACCCGUUUUUUCACCACCCAGGUAAAGUUCCUGUGGUGUCUUCACCUUAGAGGUGUCUGUCCCCAUGUCCCCAUCGCCUCAUGGGGAUUCAUGCAGAGUCUCCAGCCCUUGGGAGAUGUUUCUGCCCAAAUUCCACCACCCGGGGAAGGUUCCUGUGGUGUCUUUGUCACCUUAGAGGUGUCUGUCCCUGAUCCCUACUGUCCCUCGGGGCUUCACAGAGGAUCUCCACCGCUUUGGAGACAUUCCUGCUCAACUUGCAUCCACCUGAGAAAGGUCCCUUUGUUAUCUCCAUUGCCUUAGAGUUGUCCAUGCCUGAACCACACCAUCCCAUGGGGCUUUAUGCAGCAUCUCCUUCACUUUGGAGAUGUGCAUGCUUGAUUUCCACCACCCUGGGGAUGUCCCUGUGGUGUCUCCAUCAUCUUAGAGGUGUCUGUCCCUGAUCCCCAUCACCCCAUGGGGAUUCGUGCAGCAUCUCCUUCACUUUGGAGAUGUCCAUGCCUGAUUUCCACCACUCUGGGAAAGUCCCUGUGGUGUCUCCAUCACCUUAGAGGUGUCUAUCCCUGAUCCCCAUCACCCCAUGGGGAUUCGUGUAGCAUCUCCUUCACUUUGGAGAUGUCUAUGCCUGAUCUCAAUCACAGCAGAAGGUCCUUGAGGCAUUUAUGACACCUCAGAGGUGCCUGUGCCUGAUCUCUGUUGUCCUGGGGAGGGUGUCUCUGUGCCAUUCCACCACUGGAGAUGUCCAUGCUGUAUUUCCCUCGCCCCAGGAAGGUCCCUGUGUCAUUUCUGUUACACUGGAGAUGUCUGGGUCAUCUCCAUCAUCCCAGGAGGGGUCCAUGUGGCAUCUCCUUCACCCUAGAGGUGCACAUGCCACAUCUCCAUCUCCCUUGGAAAGUCCAUCUGGCACAUUCAUCACCUUAGAGGUGCCUGUGCCACCAUCCCAUGGGGUCUUUACAGCAUUUCCACCACCCCAUGAGGAUCCUUGCAGCACCUCCACCACCCUGGAGGUGCCUCUGCCAAAUCCCCUUGGUGGGGGGUGGUCCAUGCGCCGUCUCCCUACUCCUACCCCUCCCCUCCCCCAUUCUCCAUAUCCCCAUCCCCUUUUGGAGGAGGUCCCAGCCCCACAGCUGAUGCUGGGCCUCCUGGUGUGCAGCACCCACAACGUUGGGUGAUCUCCCAUCCUGCUUGUGUCCCCCCCCCCCCCUUAAUACCCAAAUGUGAACGGCUCUGCCCCGUCCACCCUCCUUGCACGGGUCCCGCCGGUGGCUCCGGUGCCCCCAGCCCUGCGCCGUCCCUCCCUCUCUCUCUCGUGACCAAGCUUUGCCAGCCCUUGACUCUGUCCUCUCUCUCUAUUAUAUGUGUUUUUGUUGCGUGGGGCCACCCCAGCCCCUCGGGAGAUGUUUAAUUUUUUAUUAUUAUUAUUAAUAUUAUUAUUGCCUGUGCUGUAUUUGUGACUGUUCCAGGGCCCCCUCGGCCCCUGCGUCCGCGCUACACCCAUCCCAACGUGGCCAAU